AUGCGCGCGAUAUUGUUUAUGAUUUUUUUGUGCGCUGUAAGAGUAGAAUCUCAGUUUUGGAGCAGUCCUAACUUUUUACAAUCGUGGUUCAGACAGCCUAAAAAUGAAUUAAAACGCGAAAUUACUACCAACCCUCCAGACACUAUAAUUACGACUUGGAAAAUCACGGAAACAACUACCCCUUAUGUAAAAACCGAAACGACGACUAAAAUACCUUCAACGUUACUGUUGUCUUCAGAAACUACCCCUAGAAAGUUUUCGUUGGUUACUUCUACCAUUACUUCAACUGAUGGAAGUACGAUUUAUGAUACAACUAACAGUGAUGUCACAGGAACGACCGAAGAGCCAAGGGAUAACAGUCGAAACCAUGAUUUUUAUCUGAGCAAACGGGAGAGGCCUCAAAUUAAAAUUUCGACGAAUAUUAGCCAGGUUACUACUUUUGUAAUGUGA